UGUUUUGUUUUAUCAAACCAAAAACAAUUUUGUUUACGAAAAAUUACUUUUAAGCUCUGGCACGUUGUCAUUGUGCUUAAAAUAAUCCUGCCUUUCCAAAAAAAAAGAAAGAAAAGAAAGGGUAAACAUAUUUAAUUUUUUCAAUUCAAAGAUUAAUACAGCAUUAUGGCCCCCAAGAAGGAUGCAAAAAAUAAGGCCAGUAAGAAAAAUACUGAUGGUGAUGGUGGCGGUAGUAGUAAUGGGAAAAAAACUACUAAUGCCGGCUCGGCCAUUAAAGUGAGACACAUUCUUUGCGAAAAACAGGGGAAGGUCCUUGAAGCUUUAGAAAAAUUGAAAGCUGGACAAAAAUUUCCUGAAGUAGCUGCUGCUUAUAGUGAGGAUAAGGCUCGACAAGGUGGUGAUUUAGGGUGGCAAAUACGUGGUUCGAUGGUUGGGCCAUUUCAAGAUGCUGCCUUUGCUUUACCGAUAUCGACUGUUAGCAAUCCCGUAUAUACUGAUCCGCCGAUUAAAACUAAAUUUGGUUAUCAUAUUAUUAUGGUGGAAGGGAAAAAAUAAAUUUGAACUUAUGUCCGCAAGUUUUU